AUGAAUCCUCCAUCCGGACCUCCACCACCGCCACCAGCCCAUCCGCGCGAAGCAUUUCUUUACAAGUUCAAGGGUGAAUUCAUCGCACUGAUGCUUCACUACAAAGCCGGCAUGUUCAGAGGCAAGAUCAACUGGUCCGUCAAGCUCGUUGAUUUCUUCGAUGUCCUUCUCCAAUCCCCUGCGAUAGACAAGAGUGAGAGGCUCCUCUUCGCAAAACUGGCGUGUCAAAUUGGAACCCUCACUUCGAUCGCAGACCCGGACAACAGUUGGAUUGGUCAGACGACGCGGCAGGAGCAUCAUCACACCAUGCAGCUUUUACGGGCCAUGGUUGAUGUGGAAAAGGCGACGCGGGGACGGCACUCGUUGACCGGAUCGCUGAGGAACGCUGGAUUCAAUAACUUGAGCUUUGAGGUAGGGAUCAAUGGCGCUGGCCAGGUUAGCUCAGCACGGAGCAAGGAGAACGCAAGAUACAACAACCAACCUCCGGGCACACCACUACCAAUGGGCAUGCAAGCGGCGAGCAACAGUCGACCGGUGGAGACAGCAGGGACAGCAGGGACAGCGGGAGCAGCACUACUGAGUGGCAUGCCAGGUGCAGCAUCUGGCAGCUUUCAACUUCCGAUGUUUGACAAUCAAGAUCCGCCGCAGCAGUCAGGUCAUCCUUACAUCCCACCGAGCGCCAUGGACUCCCACUUUGAAGGGUUGGGCGAGUUUCGGAGUCCAAUGCCAGCUGCCAACGACACGAACUCCGGGUCAGCAAGCAAUGCAGGCAAUCAAUGGCAGAAUCAACAACCGACCGCGGACGAUUGGCUCGCGAGGGCAUGGCAAAUGCAGCAAUGA